AUGGAGGCUAUCAUGGAUCGUAGCACCUUUACAUCCCCGGCUGUCAAGCGCCAUAUCCAGUCCAAGCGCGGAGCCAUUCGACGCCGUGGUGCCAACUAUUUCAUCAGGUCUACCGCGAAGCGCUUGGCCGAGUCUCCAAACCUCGCCUAUCAUCAGCUCGCCUACCCGUCCAACUAUCCCUGCCUCACCGGUGCCAAGAAGGCCUGCCGAAAGGACGGAGGCCCCGUAGAGGGACCUCGUCCUCUCCGAUCGCAGAUUGAGAAUGAUCUUCGUCAGGUCGUCUUCUCCCAUGCUUCGGCAACCAGGCGCGAGCACCGUGUGCCGAGGGUAUCACCUCGCAAAGAGGCAGAUGAGGGCCGGGAGCUCGCCCGCAGCGCCGUUGCGCUACCAAGUGAUGCGCAUCGACUUGUAAGACGGCCCAGCUUGGAGCGCGAGGAGGCUUUCCGUGUUGCAAGCACCGCCAAGGGCAAAGUUCACACCCGCGCGUCUCCCGAGAGCGACGAUGCGCAGGUUGCUGAGCUCUACCACCAGGGCCUGCUCUACGAUGCCGAGGAACAGCGCCCUGAGGAAGUCUUCAAUCUCAACAGCAUUCAGCAUGAGGACCCUGUGUAUACUAUUCGCCCUGCAAAGCGUGGUCGCAAGUCAAAGAAGGGCGGCAAGCCUGCUGCUCUCACCCUCUCCUUUACCGACCUUGGCGACUACAGCACCAAGGCCUCAACAACCCACCUUUCAACCGCUGAUGAUUCAAGUAUCAGCGAAGCGUUCCCUCCUUUGAGGGUAGUCUACGAAAACGACGCGUCAAAUCCAUCGUUUGAUGUGGAGACAUCUCAGCCGCCAGACUUGACGAUGGACGAUAUCUCUGAUUAUGACUAUUUCUCUGACGGCGAACUUGACGACGAUGUUCCUUCUCAGACGGAGAUUUUGGAAAACGCAAACAACCCGUCCGCAGAAAACUGGAUCAUGCUAGGUUGA